CCGUGCCCCGGAUGUGGCCCCUGCCCGGGAAAAUGGCGGCGCCGGGGUGGGCGGAGGGAGCGGUGUAGCGCCCGCUGGCCUCCCCGCCAUGGCGGACCUGGGCCGGCAGCUGCACGAGUACCUCGCGCAGUCCAAGGCGGCUGCUGCCACCGGCCCCAGCGCGGUCCCCGCACCGCCGGCCGCCGGCGGCUCGCAGGAGGAGGCGGGGGACGGCGGCGGGCUGCGGGCCUGGCUGGGGGCGCUGAACCCGUUCCCGGCGGGCUCUCCCCCGGGCGCCACGGUGUGGCCUUGGACGGGAGAGGAGGACCCGUGGCUGCUGGGGCUGUCUCGCUGGCAGCGGCUGGCGGGCAGCGGGCUGUGCGUGCUUCUGGCCGCGCUGUGCUUCGGGCUGGCCGGGCUGUGCGUGCCGCUGCUGCUGCUGCGCGCCCGCAAGUUCGCGCUGCUCUGGUCGCUGGGCUCGCUGUGCGCGCUGGGCGCCGCCGCGCUGCUGCGCGGGCCCGCCCGGCUGCUGCGGGAGCCCGGCCGCGGGGCGCUGCUCUACCUCGGGGCGCUCUUCGGGACGCUGUACGCCGCGCUGGCGCUGCGCAGCACCGCGCUCACGGCGCUGGGCGCCGCCGCUCAGCUCGGCACGGCCGCGGCCGCGCUCCUGGCCGCGCUGCCCGGCGGUGCCGCCGGCCUGCGCCGCCUCUCCGGGCUGCUCCGCGCCGCCGUGUGCGGCCGGGGCAAGGCUCUGCCGCUGUGAGCCCGGCUCUGCCGCUGUGCUGUCAGCCCGACUUGCUGUCAGCCCGGCUUUUCGCCGUGAGCCCGGCUUGUUGUGAACCCGGCUCUGCCGCUCUGAGCCCGGCUUUUCGCUGUCAGCCCGGCUCUGCCGCUGUGAGCCCGGCUCUGCGGCCGCACCGAGGGAGGAGCGGGAGUCCCUCGCACACGGACCCAGAGCCAGCGGACUCCACGCGGGGACGCCGCUUCUCUCGGCCUCCUCCGCGUCCUGUGACGUUCUCCUCGCCGUCGCUCGAGGAGCCGCAGCAGGGCUGGCGGCCCGGAGCGGCCCCGGUGACUCGGAGCUGUGGGUGCUGUGUGUGCGGUGUCAGCCUGCCGAGCCUCCCCGAGCUCGGGGUUUGCCUUACCGCGCUGUCAGCUCCCUGGCCGUGCCUUGGCACCGCCGCACCUCUCGGGGGAGCUGGCAGCAUCGCUUCUACCUCCAGCGUGGGACCAUGUGGCUGCUGCAGUGGCUGCUGCAGCCCGAGAUCGGAGCCGAUGCGGUGUCUUUGUGGACUUGAAGAGCAGCUGAGGAUGCUGAAACCCGAAGAUGAUUUAGCAAAAUGCCAUCGAGUCUGGGGGAGAACACUAAAAAAUUAACUGGUAUUACCUCCUUUUGUGCUGACCCCUACACUAUGGACGUGCUGUUUUUGCUGUCACCUCAGACCAGUGGUGAAUAUGAAGACUGUGGGCACUGAACUGCAUUUCUCUCUAAAAAGCAGCUUUAUAAUAACCAGCCAGAAGGCAGGCUAGCAAGCAGUGGUGAUCGCCUGCAUUCUGGAAUUUUAUCAUCAGCACCAUUGUAAUCUGUAGACAGC